CAUAAAUACCUCGAUGACAUACAUCUAUGGUACAAUGAAUGGUGACAACGGACCCGUGAUGUAACAUCCUGUCUGGCACCUUGCACAAUAUUCCCAUCCUCAAGUUAUCGCCGACCAAGUUGCUAAAUCUUGCUAUUCCUUCUUGCGCUUCGUGUAAAUCGCCAGACGGACGCUAUAAAAAAUGCCGGUUAUUCCGUAUAUGUGGGGCGCACCCGACCCGUACCGUACGGUCAACUUCACUGACCGGUUGUGCAGUGGUGCGAAUGCCUCGACCAAUGGGAGCUGUAUACAUUCGCAUGUCGCGGAGCCGUACAUGUAUCUUGAACACAAUUUAGCUUGGAAGAUCAUCACCGCGUUGGUCAUCGGUACUGCCGCGCUGAUUGGGACACUGGGUAACUUUUUGAUUGUUCUGGCUGUGUGCUUAGUGAAGCCUUUACGCACCAGCGGCAACGUAUUUGUGGUCAAUCUGGCGCUGGCGGAUAUUGUCAUAACCGCCUUCAUCGAUCCGUUUAAUGUCGUCGGAGCGGUGGCCGGUCGCAAUGUUUUACUGCACAACCGCACUUUGUGCGACUGGAUUGCUAGUUUCUGUGCACCGGCGUGUUUGUCAUCCAUGUGGAAUAUGUGCGCCAUCAGUCUCAACCGAUACGUUCUUAUCUGCAAACCGCAUCUGUACAACAAGAUCUUCACUUUUCGUACGUCCAUUCUGUGCUGCCUCACUAUCUGGAUCGGGGCGCAUUUAUUCCAUAUGCCCAAUCACCUCGGCUGGGGAAUGAAUCGAUUCAAUGUCGACUACUACAUCUGCACGUUCGAUAUUGUCACACAUUCCUACGCGAUAUUCUACAUUAUUAUGGGUGUGGUAGUGCCGUUGGUGGGUGUGCUCUACGGGUACACGAGCAUCUUCCUGAAAGUGCGCAGUGUGAAGACCCAGUUGCGCCAACACCAGAGCGCGGUGCUGGGUAACGGUGCUGCUCACCCAGCGGCGGCAGGAGAACAGAGGGGAUCGCUUCCCCUGGAGCCGCUGGCCGACGAAAAGGGACACGCGGCGACCAAUGGAAAGUCGAUGCGCCGGCCUAAACGCCCGGGAUUCACGCAGGAUGAUGUCAAACUGGCCAAGACACUGUUUGCGGCGUUUCUGGUGUUUCUUAUUUGCUGGCUGCUUUUUGCCCUGUUUGUCCUGGCCCAUCAACCGGAACCAGUGCCCGGCUGGCUGUAUGUGCUAGCCAUCGUCAUGGCGCACGGCAACUCCGCGGUCAAUCCCAUCCUGUACGGCAUGACCAACGAGAAAUUCCGCGACGGCUACCGUAAUGUCCUGGGCCUGGGCAAGAAGAACGUGGCGCCCGCCACGGAAGGGAUGGCACGCGGCACGGCCAUCGUCUCCGGCAACUUCACGGUGAACAGCCAUACCACCAGCAGCCAGCAUGACCACAAGACGCGCCGACAACCCUCAUCCACAGCCGGGGAUUCCGCGGCGUUGGAUACAUAAGCGGAUCGGAUUAAUCAGCGCCCAGUUACGGGAUCGAAAUCGUCUUUAUCCAGCUUUCUGCACUGUAGGCGGGAUUAGUGCUCGGAUUGGGGGUUAUUCCCAGAUCAUUUGCGUCAGCAUUCCGCGGUAGUCUACCAAGCAAUAAUUCUGUCGACAAAUUAAAUAUUAUUUUUUAAUUAGUGUUCUACUUUGUUGUCGCGUGAUUCCGUGAAUCAUUAAUCCGAUUUUCGCAUAUAAUCUGUGCGUUGGUUUUGUUUUUGACAAGAUGCGGAAAUUUUUAAAGCAGCUAAACGCAUGACCUUUAGAGACUUCACACCCAUGGAGCUCUUAUCGCCCAUUUACUUCGCAACAUUUUGCACAUUCAACUUUUCACCGCGUUUUUCGUGUUCGCUUUUUAAUUUUCACUAACGAUCGGUACGGAAUAAUGCUCAUAAAAAUCAUUAAAAUUUGAAGUGAUUUUAUUGUUAUCUUAACUGUUACAGUAAUAUGGUGCAAUGUCUGGAUGACGGCAAGGAAUUCCUCAGCAACCAUACA